UUGAAAAUGCUCACUGGAAGCCGUGCUGUUAUUGAACUGUUGUUAAACACUGAGCUAAAGCAGGAAGCUGCGAGAUUUGACAGGAGACUGCAAACAGCCACAUGUGAAGAUGAGCGUCCCGGACUACAUGCAGUGUGCUGAGGACCACCAGACUGUGCUUGUGGUGGUUCAGCCAGUUGGCAUCGUACCUGAGGACCAGUUCUUCAAGAUCUACAAGCGCAUUGCCAGCGUGAGCCAGGUCAGCGUCAGGGACUCGCAGCGCCUCCUCUACAUCCGCUACCGCCACCACUACCUACCGGAAAACAAUGAAUGGGGGGAUUUCCAGACGCACCGCAAGGUGGUGGGCCUCAUCGCCAUCACCACCUGUGACUCGGCAAAGGAGUGGCCCCAGACUUCUGAUCGCUUCCACGGCCAGAAGGAAGUGUACAGCUCCACGCUGUACGACUCCAGGUUGCUUGUGUUUGGGCUGCAGGGAGAGGUCGCAGAGCAGCAGCGCACAGACGUGGCCUUCUACCCCGGCUUCGAAGACUGCUCCGAUGUGGAGAAGAGAGUGGAGGAUUUUGUGGAGUCGAUAUUCAUAGUUCUGGAGUCCAAGCGGCUUGACCGGGCCACAGACAAGUCCGGUGAUAAGAUCCCGCUGCUCUGUGUGCCCUUUGAAAAGAAGGACUUUGUGGGUUUGGACACAGAUAGCAGGCAUUAUAAGAAGCGUUGCCAGGGACGGAUGAGGAAGCAUGUCGGGGACCUGUGUCUCCAGGCGGGAAUGCUGCAGGACGCCCUGGUCCACUACCACAUGGCUGUGGAGCUGCUCAGAGGGGUUAAUGACUUCCUCUGGCUGGGUGCUGCGUUGGAGGGUUUGUGCUCGGCAUCUGUGAUAUUCCACUACCCUGGAGGCACAGCAGGGAAGAAAGUAGGACGCAAGCCAAGUGUCUCUCAGCCAGCAGAUGCCGGCAAACGCCACAGACCAGGCGCUCAGGAGGUUCUCAUUGACCCAGGUGCCCUCACAGCCAAUGGCAUUAGUGCAGACACCAGCGCUGAGAUUGGACGAACGAAGAACUGCCUGAGUCAGGAGGACAUUAUCGAGAAAUACAAAGAGGCCAUCUCCUACUAUGGAAAGUAUAAGAACGCAGGCGUGAUCGAGCUGGAGGCCUGCGUGAAAGCGGUGCGGGUGCUUGCUAUUCAGAAGAGGGCGAGGGAGGCCUCCGAGUUCCUGCAGAACGCUGUUUACAUCAACCUGGGACAGUUAUCGGAGGAGGAGAAGAUCCAGCGUUACAGCAUCCUGUCCGAGCUCUACGAACUGAUUGGUUUCCAUCGCAAGUCAGCCUUUUUCAAGCGCGUUGCAGCGAUGCAGUGCGUGGCUCCCACCAUCCCAGAGCCUGGCUGGAGGGCCUGCUACAAGCUGCUGCUGGAGACUCUGCCCGGAUACAGCCUUUCACUUGACCCCAAGGAUUUCAGCAAAGGGACUCACAGAGGCUGGGCUGCCGUACAGAUGCGCCUCCUGCACGAACUCGUAUACGCCUCGCGUCGAAUGGGCAACCCCGGCCUGUCCGUACGCCACCUGUCCUUCCUGCUCCAGACCAUGCUGGACUUCCUGUCUGAUCAAGAGAAGAAAGAAGUGACCCAGAGCCUGGAAAACUACACCUCCAAGUGUCCGGGUGGAAUGGAGGUCAUCACCCUUCCGGAUGGCCUGAAGCUGCCUCCGGUGCCCUUUACAAAGCUUCCCAUUGUCCGAUCGGUGAAGCUCCUCAACCUGCCCGUCAGCCUGCGGCCCCACAAAGUGAAAGGCCUGCUGGGAGAGAACAUGACCACUGCCAGCCCCUUUAUCUACUCCCCAAUCAUCAUGCACAACAGAGGAGAGGAGCGCUGCAAGAAGAUAGACUUCCAGUGGGUUCAAGGAGAUGUUUGUGAAGUGCAGUUCAUGGUCUACAACCCCAUGCCUUACGAACUUCGUGUAGAAAACAUGGGUUUGAUGAGCUCCGGAGUGGAGUUUGAAUCCCUGCCUGCUGCGCUUUCCCUGCCUGCAGAGUCUGGCCUGUACCCCGUCACUCUGGUUGGCGUCCCGCGUACAGCCGGAAACAUCACUAUCAACGGUUACCACACGUCAGUGUUUGGUGUGACCAGUGACUGCAUGCUGGAGCUCCUGCCUAGCGUGAAGACGAGUGGUUGUUUGGUGGAGGUCAUUCCCUCCCUUCCUCGCCUCCAGCUCACCACAUCCCUACCACGGUCAGCGCACACGCCUCAGCCUAUGUCCAAAGAAGAACUGUCCAGCACUGUGUCUGUCCAGCUGUUCAAUGGAGAGACCCAGGAGAUGAUCAUCACCUUGGAAAACAUCGGAUCUGAGGACAUCGAGACUCUGGAUCUUAGCUCUAAGAUAGUCACCACCAAAGAGAAAAUGUUUGGGGAGUUUCUGAGCUGGGAGCUGGACGAGCCUUUGUCUCACCUGCCUCUAAAACCCGGCCAGGCUGUGACACUGACUGUCCAAAUCAAAGUCAAGGUGGACUUCUCUGGUCAGGAGAACCUGCUGCAGGACCUCAAUGAUGAUGGGAUCAGCGUGACAGGCCUGCCAAUCUCCAGUCCGCUGCGCCAAGUCCUCAAACCCAGGCCUGAGACCAAGCCUGUCAGCAGUGAGUCUGGCAAAGCAGAGUACAGCCAUAUUAAGACGUUGGAAGCAGUGCUGAAUUUGAAGUACUCUGGCGGAGCGGGCAAAGUGGAGGGCUACUACAGGGAACUGUCUCUGGGAGUCCAUGUUAAUGUGGAGCCUUCAGUGUUCUUCACCAGAGUCAGCACCCUCCCCGCUACCAGCACCCGCCAGUGUCACCUGCUGCUCGACAUCUUCAACCCAACGGAGCAUGAGCUCACCGUCAGUGCCAAGAACAACCAGGGCCUGGUUCUCCAUGCCAGCGAGUGCCAGAGAAUGGCCAUCCAGGUUGAUAAGUUUGACUUUGAAAGUCUGCCACAGCCAGACCAGGAGACGGCUCGCUUCACUAACCCCAAACAGCUGGAGGAGGAGCGGCAGCACGCCCAGGGCUGCCAGAUCAACAGCAAGCUGGGCAUCUGUUGGAGCAUCCCCUCUCUGCGGCGCAGUGGUGAAGCCAGCGUGGAGGGCGUCCUCAACCAGCUGGUCCUGGAGCACCUACAGCUCGCUCCUUUACAGUGGGAUGUGUUGGUGAAUGGGAAGCCAUGUGACUGUGAUGUCAUCGCCGAAUGUAAAGUGGGCGACUCUGUUAACCUGGAGGUAAAACUGACCAAUCUGAGCAAGAACUUGGUCGGACCCCUGGCUCUGACUGUGGUGCCAUAUCAGGACUACCAAAAUGGAGUCCAAAUCUACGAUCUGGAGGAAGCUGUUACCUUUAUCGGCUCCAACACCUUCUACAUCGACACGGUUAAACCCAAAGAAAGCUCCGUCUGUGUGGGUGCCCUGCUUUUCCUCUACACUGGAGACUUCUACCUUAAUAUCAAGUUCCAGGAUGACAGUGCUGGACGAGAGCUUCCCUUGGCUUGGUUCACUCUGCCCAGUGUCCACAUUAAAGCUCUGGACACUCCGCUACAGGCUGGGGCCUAGAGUCCCAGUGUACCUCAACAUUAUAGGUCUGAACGAGGGAUGGAGGUUGAUGUCUGUAAAUACAAUAGCCUUUAUGAGUUUCACCACUUGUAAAUAUCAUUUUGUUUAAGGUUCCAGAGUGCGGGAAGUUUUAAAAUUGUUUCUUCAGAAGAUUAGAAUUCUUUUGUUUGCAGGUUACACAGCUGACCAGGGUGGUCAGAAAGAUCCUGAAUCAAAUAUCAGAUCAACUAUCCCUCAGCCUGAUUAACCUACUUCAUAAAUGAACAGAGACGAGAGAAAGUGAAGGAAAAUGACAGAGCUGGAGUUCCUGGUGAGUUGUGGUAUUUAAGUCUGAGCUGAAUAGAAACACCUGUACAGUCAGUGGCUGUUAUAUAAAGACAGACAGUUUAGCAGUUUCUGUCUAAACACAUUCAAGAUGUGAUCAACAUCACAAGCAUUUUGGACUGAAAUCAGUUCAUUUCACCGGAGUUCUUUUGCUUUGAGUUUCACAAGUUUACACUUCUGACUAAGAGCAAACCAGACUGACAAUGCUGAUGUGAUCUUAGUGCAUUAAUACGUAACCUUGAUACCCAGCUAUAAACUUCUCCAUAAAAGCGAUACAGACUCAGUUAACUGUCAGACAGAAAUGGGUUGUAACAGAUUGUUUCCUUGAAUUUGCCAUGAUGAUAUUUGUUUUGCUUAGUGGUCAAGCUCAUCAGCUAGUUAACUGGUAGUUUGCUAAAUAGUAGGUAGUAAGCUAGCGUCUAGCAGCAAGCUGCUACCAGCUAACUUUACUACCUACAUCAAAAAGCCACCGCAUGUAUGCAACCACGUCACUGAGCUUCCAGCAGCACCUUCAAGAUUCACAUGGAGCGAGGGGCAGAGUUGAUGAUGUUUCUAACACCCGAUGAAACUCAUAAGAACCAAGAGAAUACAAAUAUCUCAGGAUGAAAAACAGAAGCCAUACUCAAAGAAGACGCUGAUGGAGAGAGAAUUAGAACAAGACGUCUGCAUCAGUGGGCUGAAGACCUCAGGGUUGGUAUCGACGGCUGACAUGAGCUUCUCAAGGACACCGGGGAUAUGAUCAUUCAGAACUGGUCAUACACUUUACACUUUUCGUUUAUUUAUUUCUACUGCUUUGAAAACAAAGCCACCACACUGGAAUACUUCUCUUAGUUGAGCUGAUCAUUGUGUGUGACAUAUAAUUGUUGUAAAUAAAUGUUAAAACAAGG